GCGGCUCCGGCGGCCACCGCGGGCGGGCGCAGGCGGUGGGGACGGCCGGCGAGCGGGCGGCAUGGCGGCAGCGGGGACCGCGUCGGGGCCGGAGCCCAUGCCGAGCUAUGCCCAGCUUGUGCAGCGCGGCUGGGGCAGCGCGCUGGCGGCGGCGCGGGGCUGCGCGGACUGCGGCUGGGGACUGGCGCGCCGCGGCCUGGCUGAGCACGCGCACCUGGCGCCGCCUGAGCUGCUGCUGCUGGCGCUCUGCGCGCUCGGCUGGACGGCGCUGCGCGCGGCGGCCACUGCGCGCCUCUUUCGGCCCCUGGCCAAGUGGUGCCGCCUCCAGCCUAGAGAUGCCGCCAAGAUGCCUGAAAGCGCCUGGAAGUUUCUCUUCUACCUGGGCGCCUGGAGCUACAGUGCCUACCUGCUUUUCGGCACCGACUACCCUUUUUUUCACGACCCACCCUCCGUCUUCUACGAUUGGGUGCCAGGCAUGGCGGUGCCGCGGGACAUCGCAGCCGCCUACCUGCUGCAGGGCAGCUUCUAUGGCCAUUCCAUCUACGCCACGCUGUACAUGGAUGCCUGGCGCAAGGACUCAGUGGUCAUGCUUGUCCACCAUGUGGUCACCUUGGUCCUCAUCGUCUCCUCAUAUGCCUUCCGGUACCAUAACGUGGGCAUCCUCGUGCUUUUCCUACAUGACAUCAGUGACGUGCAGCUGGAGUUCACCAAGCUCAAUGUCUACUUCAAGUCUCGCGGGGGCUCCUACCAUCGGCUGCAUGCCCUGGCGGCGGACCUGGGCUGCCUCAGCUUCAGCCUCAGCUGGUUCUGGUUCCGCCUCUACUGGUUCCCGCUCAAGGUCUUGUACGCCACUUGCCACUGCAGCCUGCGCUCGGUGCCUGACAUCCCCUUCUACUUCUUCUUCAACGCGCUCCUGCUGCUGCUCACCGCCAUGAACCUCUACUGGUUCCUGUACAUCGUGGCUUUUGCUGCCAAAGUGCUGACGGGCCAGGUGCGUGAGCUGAAGGACGUGCGGGAAUACGACGCGGCAGAGGCCCCAAGCCCCAAGCCCAGCAAAGCUGAGAAGCCGCUGAGGAACGGCCUGGUGAAGGACAAGCGCUUCUGAGCCCCUCGGCCCCCGCCCCGCCCCGCCCCCUGGCACCGGCCACGCCUCUUCCCGAGGGACCCCUGCCCC